AUGAUGACGCUGACGCGAAAAUUCCCCCUGCAAAACCGUCACGGACGGCACAGCAUCCGUCAGCCGGAGCUAAACGAUGAACCACUGUUUCAAAGGCCGCAUAAUAACGAAAAACCGGCAUCAAAUUACGGCGGGAAACGACGACUAAAGGCAGCUCAAAAUGCGGAUCAGAUCAGCCUCCUGGCGAUCAUCGCCUACAACUGUUCCUCUGCUGCUGUAAAGUCUAGUGAUUUCAAUGCUAGAAAGCGCGAUGAUUUGGCCAUUGAAAUAAGUCAACUGAAAAAUGCUUUUGAUCCCGACGACACGAUGAACGCAGUCAUCAAAUUCCACGGUGCUGUGGUUGGUUCAGCGUUCGGUCAAACAGACCUGUUUCCUUUGCACGAAGUUCACAGCUCCUCUUGUGGGUCGUUUGACUAG